UUUUGAUAUUUGAUUUGGAACCUUAUUCUUUUAAUUCAUCUCACACGAAAUAAUAUUUUGUUGAUAACAUUGUGUUGCAAUGUUAUUAUAGCGAUGAUUAAAUUGGGUAACUACAGCAACUUUCUCGAGGCCAUUACAAUUUUUUUAAUAUCAACAUCUUGACAAGUUCGUAAAAUGACUUGAAAAUGAAGAACGGAUGCAAUGAACAUUUAGAAUCUAUAAUUGCUGAUCGCAAUGAACGCGCUAAAAAAAUCUAUCGAUAUGUAAGUGAUAUUGCUCGACGCCUCAGUGAGGCAACAGCAGAAUGUCACACUAUAGCUGAUCUAUUUACCACGCAAAUAGAACAACAACGCCAAAAGCUACGUGACUACUGUGAGAAAUUAUUCUUUUUGGAUCCAGAAAAUUAUGGCAAAAAGUCUCUUGAACUCUUAUGGCGUAAAGUAUAUUAUGACACUGUAAGCGUUGCUAAAAAACUGAGGAUGAAUGAUAAUGGCAGCGACAAUUAUCUAUUUAGCCAUAUAUUGUGUGGUAUUGGUCAAUUUAAUCAUUUCAUGACAAGAGUGCAGACUGAAAUGCACAUAGAAUUAAAAAAUUUGGAUUUUUUGCCUUUGUUUACUGAGGAAGAAUAUGAAGAAGCGACUCAACAAGUUGAAAAAUCUGAUGAAAGCUAUCAACUUGGUAAAUCUAUCUUAUAUUCCUGCUUAAUAUACCUUGGAGAUCUAAGCCGUUAUCAAGUUGAAAUUUUCAAUACAUUUAAUCCAUCUUUAGCAGCUCGUUAUUAUUUACAAGCUGCACAAAUUGAUCUGACAUCCGGGAUGCCAUUUAAUCAACUGGGAAAUCUAUAUUUGGAUAGGAAUUAUAAUUUGGACUCAGUUUGUUAUUAUAUCCAUUGCCUAAAUGCUCUGUCUCCUUUUGAAGGUGCAAUGGGAAAUUUGACAAAAAUAUUUGAAAAAAAUUCUCAGUUCUGUGAUUCAGUACAUAUCACUGAUUCCUCUACUCAAGUUGAGCAUAUGCAGGUAACCAUAGCAAAUUUUCUUACCUUGAUUGAGAUAUGGUAUCUGGGUAAAGACAGCAUUGAUGUUCCAAAAAUAUGCAAUACAAUAGCUCUUCAACUCAAAAUAGCUAUGGAUUUUACCAAAUUGCCUUUACCAGAUGUCAACAAAAACUAUAAAGAAUAUACUCAUGCUGUUGAAGAGGAAACUUCUAAUCCAUCUUAUUUGAGUGCUAGUAUAAUUCAUAACAUUGCACAGAUUUGUCUUUUUACAAUUGGAAAAUUAAAUGAUUCAGAUGAAAGUAAAGCUUUUGCUUGUAAAGCAUUUACAUUGGCAUUUUUAUCUCAAAUACUACAAAAGCUUUUGAAACAAUUAGAAUCAUUUGGUCUCCAAAAUCCUGCUCACAAAUACAAUGCUAGAUAUGCUUCUAACAAAUCAUUAAGAAAGGAAAUUGAAAAUGGCUUAGAAAAAAGUGAAAAAGAUUUGGAGACUGAAAUAAAACUUUCUUUAGAUGAAGUUGUAGUGACAAAUGGUGACAAAAAUAGUCAUGAUGAAAUUCUGAGUAAGGAUAGUAUUUCCGAUGAAAAUAGUAGUGUACCUAAUGGUGAUGCUAAAAAUAUUAAAAAAUCUGUAGCAAAACGUCGCCGUAGACGUCGCGUUGCGUCAUCAGAAAGCUCAGAUAUGAGUGAUGAAGACACUGAAAGUAGUGCAAUUGACACAGAGAAAUCAGAUUCUGAAGAACUAUCCAAUUCACCAUUUCAAUCAGAGGAUGAAUCAAAAAGUGAAGGAUCUAUUUGUGAUGGGUCUGAUGAUGAAUUAAUUAUUCAAGUUAAUGGUGCCACUGAAGAAAAUGCAGUUACUGAGGAUCUUAAUAAUAGUGCAAACCUGGAGUCGAAAAAUACAAAUGAUGAUAAUGACAAAAAUCUUGUUACAAAUAAAGUGAUGGUUUCAGAAAUAGAAAACUUCUUGCUGGGUGAUAACUUCUUACCUAGCAUAAAACUAUUGCAGGAUUGGGUUUUGACUGAAAAAGAUUUAAUUUUAUCCUGUGGGGACAGUGGAGAAUCAUUGUUUCAAUGUGUUGUAGAUUUGCUCAACAUUUUUAUUUACUACUUUAGUACAAAGAGCAAUGAAACAACCAUGAAUACAGAGUGUAAAGUUUUAGAUUAUGCUAAAAGAAUUGCAAAAAGAUUGAAACUUGAAUAUAAAUCCAUACCACUGCCUGAAGAUAUAAAGUUACGAGGUACUAACAUUUGUAAAUUUGACAAAGAUGCAGCUGAAUGGCAAAUUUUGGAAAAAUGUAAAUCUUCUGUAAUUGAAGAAAAUGUUAUUCGUAUAUUGAAUUUUAUUGAUUUUGGAUAUCAAAUUGCAAAGAUUAUUCCAAGAAUAAGAUUUAAUCGGUCUUUAAAAAUAUUCUACUUUAAAAAAAUUCAUCCUCCAAAAGUUACAACAAAAAUAAAUCAUAAAAAGAGUAGAGAGUGGCAGAAUUCAAAGAAAUCGGCGGAGUCAAGUGAGAGUGGUUUACUUAGUCGUCUUGGUCGCUUAUGGUUGGCCUCACAAGUGCGGGAGCUGGAACGUAGCGGUCAAACAGAUGUACCCUCACUGCUGGCUGUUGACACUGCAACUCUAUAUAAACAUCUUAGAAGGAUCAAGCAAUUGUCACGGACUAGGAACUUCAUUUUUCUUGUGCCAACAGUUGUGUUACAGGAAUUAGAUGACCUGAAACGUGAAAAAAGUUCUGCUCGUGAUGCCAUCCGCUGGCUUGAAAUACAACUUAAGAGUGGGUCGCGGUUUCUUCGUACUCAACGUCCUGGUCAAUCGAAGCCUCUGUCUCUUUUAAAAUAUCCACGAAAAGCACCACCACAUGUAUACAAUUUCAUACAAAUUCUGGAAUUUUGCAAUCACUUUACGGCAGAUGAAAAACAAACUCAAGGCGGUAAUGGCGAUUCUGACAAUUCAGUUAAUGGAAAAACGGCUCCACUAUUAAUAUUGCUUAUUGGCAAUGAAUUGGAAAAGAAUGAUGAGCAAUAUAAGGAAUUUAGUUUGACCGGUGCGGCGCAAGCUUCGGGUAUAACUCUCCAAUACAUUGGAGAUUUCUACACGAAAUGGCGUCAAACGAUGCACAAGAGUGGCAAGAAGAGAUGAAUAUGAAUAUUCUGUAUUCAGGACUCGAUUGCUGGAAAGGGACCGGACGCGAUGGCCUUCAAAUGGCAAACAAAUCAUUAUCAUUCUAUGUGAUAGGAUUUGUCAACGCUUAACGAGAGCGUAACAAAUGCAUUAGCAACGCUCGAAUCGAAAGUAGUUCGACGUUGAAUUAAUGUUGUGCUCUAUGUUAUUUCAUAUGUAACCAACCGCAUUGUCAUUUUAAAUUCAUUCAUAUUUUAGUGGGGUGUCAUUUUAUUUCUUUAAAACAUAGUUGGGGCCGAGUUAUGUCUUAUUUUAAUUCAUAUUUUAUGUUUCAUUAUCGCCAUAAUAAAUAUUUGUAAAUUUAA